CUGUUAAUGUGGUCUAUCAAUAUAAAGAACAUCUUCUACUUCAUGCAAAACAGUCUGGUAUGAAACAACAAGUUCUUAAACGCCUGUGAAAUAUAUAAAAAAAAAAUGUAUAUAUGCUCAUAUCCACUAGUCCUGCUCAGUCCUAAUUGCAGUAAGGAACCUACUCUCUGUAUCCCUUCAAUGUGCAAUAAAGAAUAAUUACCAAAAUUUUUGAAACAUUUUGAGAUCAAAAUUUGUACAUGGGUAUAUAUUUAUAUUAAAAAAAUGUAGUAAUUAAAUAAAGAAAAAUAAAUGUAACCUCAAGUAUUUGUAAGAAAUAAUAUCGGCAAUUAGUUUUCUUUAUCGAAUAAAACUUUUUCAAAGCAUUAAAUCAUAUCCCACUCUAACUUGAGAGCAAUUUACUAAUUGAAUUAAACUCAGUACAACUAUGUUUUAUAUUCGCGUGGGUGAAGAUAACUCCGCCUCUGGGCGGGACUAAAUGGUUAACACCGGGGUCUGCCCACUUGCCACUGGAUCAAGAUAACAUCGACAAAAAGUCAAAAAUAUACUUAUGUAGUUCUUAUAUUCAUUUUUCCUGCUAGUAUAAUAUGAUGAUGUUGAAACGUAGAAUCAGUCUUAGUUUGAAAGCAUCUUAGAUCGCGCACGCGUCUGACAGACUGCUCAUUAGUCUUGUUUCCAAAAAUUAAGUUAUUUAUUAUUUUAAUUAUUUUAAUUGAUUGGUGUGUAUUUUUUUAAAUUCAUAAACUCCACGUUAUUUGGUACUGAGUGUUUCCAAUUUUUUGUUAUUUAUGAUAAAGUGAUUUGAAAUUUAUCUAUUUGUUUGUUGAGACUUACAGUGAUUUUUGGUAACUUGUUUUGGUGGAAAAUAUAUUUAUUAAUUUAAUUAUAAUGUUGGGAGAAUAUGAAGCUCAUACUGAUUAUUAUCCGCAAUGGCAUCAACCCUAUCACUACGUCAGUCAAAGGCCUUAUGAUUCCGUGGGGUUGUCCGACGUCGACCGCCAACCAAUUUGUUGUGGAGGAGAUUCAGGGAUAUCCGGCGGUAGUUCUGACGCCGGAAGUGCAACGGCAUCAACUCCCCCAUUGCCAAUCGAAGAAUUCAGCGGUCAAGACUCGAUAUACGGGUCUCCAAUUCAACAUUACUCUCACUCAAUACCUCAACAACUUUAUUCUUCAAGUUUACAUUACUCUCAACACCAACAAUACCAAGAACCCCAUCAACAUCACCAUCAUCACCAUAAUUCAAACCAACAGAAACCCGAUAUCAGAAGUCACAUUGAUUUUUCUAUGUCAGUAACUCAUCACCAAAACAACAACAUAUCUACUGCUGGAUCUUCGGAGCACCUUCAGCUUAGUCUUCACCACCACAUGAACUCAAUCACUCAUGACACCGGUUCGACACUAAUUAUAAGGCCCAAAAGAAGAAAUACCGCUAAUAAAAAAGAAAGAAGACGGACUCAAAGUAUCAACAAUGCCUUUGCUGAUUUGAGAGACUGUAUUCCAAAUGUUCCGGCGGACACUAAAUUGUCUAAAAUAAAAACUCUUCGAUUAGCUGCUUCUUAUAUUGGAUAUUUAAUGGCCGUUUUGGAAAGCGACAAAGAAGAUGAACCUCAAACAUUCCGAGCGGAAAUUUUGUCCAGUAACAAAAGAAAUAAAUCGCAACACCAUUCGAAUGACGCGUAUCAGAAUGUAAGUAAUUUUUAUGAAGAAACGUCAAAAUGUAAAGGAAGAACUGGAUGGCCACAGCACAUGUGGGCACAGGAGUUGAAGCAAGAAUCUUCAUCAACCACGACGUCGGCAACUCUAACAGUCAGUCAGUUACAAUAGAAUCUUUCAUUCAGAAUAGAAUAUCUAUAGAUUUUAAGAGAGUUAUGUUUAAUCCAUAGUUUUUAAAAAAACGUAUAUACAUAAAUACUCAUGUAUAUAUGAUUAAAUUUUUGGAUUAGUCUGUAAAUAAUGUACUCUAUGGUUUAUUAUUUUGAGUUUAUCUAUCAUUAAUUUUUAAUAUAAAAUUUAUUUAUGCUAAAGCAUUUACUAGCAAGUAUUAUAUGAUUUUAUUUUGCAGCUGUAUUUUAUUAUUUUGUUAUUAAAAUAUGUGUUUUAUUAAUUAUAUUGAUAUUUAAACGUCUAGAGAAUAAGAUCUAG